CUCAAUCUGACGACAGCAAAGCAACUGCAGCGACGAGGACGGCCACAGCAGAAACAACAACGACGACGACGACGGCCACAGCAUAAACAACAACGACGACGACGCUAGCGACGAUAAAGGACACGGCAAUAACAACAACAGAAGUAUCAGCACCAGUGACUGCUGGCGUAGUAGUAGCGGCAAUGGAACGCAUGGAGUAGGCAGCGAGGAGUCAACGAAAGCGGUCGGUGGCCGGAUGAUGUUAGUCGCUUGCCUGUCCCUCACGCCUAAGUCACAUUGCAGCGGCAGCGCGACUGGCAGAAACAGCAACAAGCAAAGCAGAAGCAGCAGCGGCCGGGGACUAAGCGACCACGAUCAAGCGAGUGCUUGAAAGCGGCAGCGACGGUGGCGGCGGCAGGAACAGCGACAACAAUAACAACCGCAACGACGACGACGUAGAGCGGAACGACGAUCGCAGUCAGUCGAGUCCGGUACUCCAGCCGAACAGCAACCAGAAAAAGGAGAAGACGGACGAAUGUAGUAUCAAAUCUCAAGGAUAGCAGACGGCGGCAGCAACAGCUAUUGCAGAUGUCGCUGACGAAUUGAGCAAAAGAAAACGAAAACGUGCAACCCAGAGUUCUAGGCAAAAACGCUAGCUCGUGCGAUGAUCCUUGGUUGACGUCGUUGGCCACCGCCCUUCCUACAGCCAAACGUAACAGCGCUUAACCUUUUUGCAGAAUGUAAAAAGGUCGGAGUAAGAACACAUUACAUUUAUCGGGACAAGAGGACACAGGCCUGAUUUAGGCAAGAGGAAAGUAGACCGGAAAUUGAUAGCCGACGUAAAACACGUUCCCAGUCACCGGCAUCCUUCGAGAGAGAAGUUGCGGAACUGAGGCUUCAGGAAGGAGGCGGCCUCUUCUCUCGUCGAUGUAGAUAAGCCGAACAGAAGGGCCUUCGCAAUAAGGGUGAGCGCAAGAAACGGAUUGGACCGGAGUAAAUCGUCGGUACUCAGCAUCACUCAGAUUUCGUGAAAUAUCAUUUGAGGAGCUGGCAGUAGUGCGCUUAUGUUAUUGCCGUUGUUAUUGUUGUUGUUGUUGCAGCUAAUUUGAAUCCAGCUGGCGACCAGUUUAGGGGAAAGCAACUUCGCCAGCCAGCUGCUACAGUUCAGCUACUAAUCUGCUUAUCGGUUUACCAGUAAUCAUAAUAACGAUAGCAAGUCUCUUUAGUAACUGCGUUGGCUGGAAAUAGCGUAUGUACGUUAAGGAGAACGUUGAUUUGCCUGCUCACGGCCGCCAGACUAUACAUAAGUAAAACAAAAAGGAAGUUAAAAAAUUUGUGCGUUCGCCAAGUUAUAAAAAUUGAAAGUCUCCGAUCGAGUUGCUCGUUGAAGGACUCACUCGUGGUACUCGAGCUGGGCACUAAAUUGUUGUUAAUUUUGUUGUUGUUGAAGAAGUGACUCUUGACAACUGAUUGCCUGAUUGAUUCUUUACCUAACCGAUUAAUUGAUUAACUCAGGGAACAGCAUCUGUGAUUUGCAGUGUCCAUAAGAAGCAGCCGAUUUGCUUGUACUAAUGUACUAAAAUCGUGUAGAGUAACAGGAAGUGAUGUGAGGAAAAAGCGUGUGUCAAAAGUGUUGCCCAGCAAACAAGACAGACGAAAAUAAGUGGGAGGCAACGGACGCGCGCAUAACUGAGCGGCAACAGCCAUCACACCUAUGUUAAAUUGUGUAGAAAAAGGCUGUUUGUAAUUCUGGGCUAUAGAAAAGCAGCUUCGCGGUGUCACUGGCUAAACGUUACUGUGCAUUGGAAUACUGCGGCGAUCCCCGCGAGACCCCGUACUAACGGCAGGCAGUAUAGGCGGAGUUCAUUGACCCGAGCUGGAGGAAGCACUGGGAAAACGCGCUGGGAUUCGCUGUCAGCGGACAUCGCCAGCUAACGUCUGGAAGACUCGAGAAAAACCACAGGUCCAGAAGACGAUUCAAAAAGAUCUCACGAAGGUUACUGAUAACAGCAAACAUUCAUCUGGCCACUUAUUUGUCGGACUUGUAACCAGCAGGAGAGUGCCUGUUGAAACCAAGUGUGAUCCAACUUGACCACGCGGGGUAUUUACGUGAUGGUCAUCAUCUGUUAACAUUCUAUUCUGAGUUUCGAAGUUGUCAUUUUUCAGCCGCUGUUAUGGAAAACGACUUGCAGCUCUGCUAUUGUCAUUCAAAGCUGGAGGUAGCUGGCUGAAACGAAAAGGUGAAUUAGUGAGUUCUCAUCUUGGCUCACACUUUGAUGGCAAGCCGUCCGUGUAGGAAGUGGGUUGAUUGGUUCACGUAGGCACGUUGUUUGCUGGUUGAGUGCACACGUGGGUGUUAUCCGCUGUUUUAGGUGGACGAAGAAGAGGCGCAUAAUCUGCAAUCAGCAAUCAAACACACCGAAAAUUCUAGAGGAGUCUGGAAUGUUACAGUGUUGGGUAAUGAUAUCUCCACAGAAGCGGUGUUCUCCAGCCUCGCGUCAUUCCUGAGAUACGUAGGUCACUUGCACAUGCAAUUACUACAGGCUGAACCGUAUAUAUGUAGUGGCAACGUACCAAGAGAUAAGCGUCAUCGCAUCUGUUUCAUGCGUUUCCGCACCGUUGUCGUUUGAACGUGCAAAAAAUCGUUCAUUGGAUAGUUGAUCAUCGAUCGACGCCGUUUCAUACAACAUACCUCGAGCGUCAUUAUCAUUACCGUCACCAACAAUAUCUUCAUUGCUCUCAUGCGCCGUCUCCCCCCCCCGGCCUCUAGCUUUUUUAUGGCUGCUAUUAUCGGGUGAAUGACAGAGGAGAAGUUGGUCGUCUUAAGAGAGAACCUGUCAAGUCGACACCUUAUGUGCGCGCGUAGUUGUCCGCCGUAGAUGCUUUCGCUGAACUCGUACUAUCGUGCAAACACCACGCAUACGUUAGUGAAUAUAAUUAUAAUCACCAUAAUACGAAUACAACUGUACAGUUAUCACUGCAGUACUAUUGCAACCUUUACCCGACGUCAUAUGCUGCUCGUCUACGCCGCGCGAUACGAAAAAGAAGAACUUACUUAUACACUCAUUAGCAAUCAAGCAAGCUUACUCAAUUGAUCAAACUAUCUACCGAGAGGCGAUGCUUAGUAUAUAGCGCACAGCUAUCCAGUCAGUAGAAAGCAAGCAACAUUACUAAUUAUUAUUAUUACUAAUGCUACAAUUAUAUUGGUAAAAGGAACACUUCUACGAGCAAUACUACGAGUGUUGUGCUGCAGUUGUUGUGUGUCCGUAAAGUCCCUUUGGCAGAAGCAAAUAAAAAAAAAAUUAGCAAUCAACAAACAAACGCAAAAGAAGGACUGGGUUGGGACACGCACAUCUUCACAUCCCGUCUCACCUCAGUUCAGCCGAAGUCGAAGUCCCCAUAGAUGCAUAAGUGGAGCCCAACAAACACAAGGAAAAAAACAACAUAGUCAGACGAAGUGACUAAACUUACCAUUUUGGUAAAAGGACGCAGAGAAAUAGAAUUUUGCAUUCAUCAUACAAUCCAGGGUACAACGUUAAGCGCCACCUAUUGUUGCCCUUAAUUGCAAAUUGUUAAGUUUUGGAGAGUUGAAUUUUAAGCAGUAAAAAUCGACGAAAGGAACGCAUCCUGUUGAACUUUGACCAGCGUUCAUCUCAAUAACCAAUAAAAAAUCAUCGUAUAGGCUGGAACUCAAUUUAUAAACUAGCCUAGAAGAUUUUGCUGGUCAGGAUCCGCUUAAGACUGCGCACUGUCCAUCAGAUAAACGGUGCAAAGAAGAUCGCAAAUAGUCAACUUUCAGUAACGUAGUUUCAAUCUGCUGAUAAUCGAGUCCCGCUGAAACUGGACUAGACGUGAUACCGAAAAAAUUUGAAGAGCAACCACAAAAGAAGACGCGGUGACGCUUGAUAAGUGCACUGCCACUCGACGUAUCAACAUACUUAUCCAUAUAUUGUCAUCCGCUCGUCCUGGAAUAUUACCUUUCCGAAUCGCCGAGUUGUCGGCCUCGCCUUACGGACAAGCCACUGCCGCCGUACAAAGGAAGACAAGAUGCCAGAACUACAAAGCAUCGAGGCAUCCCUUUUGGAGACGCUUUCGUUUAACAACUCUCCCAGCCCCACUGAUGUGAAGCUAUCGCUUGGCGGCAGUCCUUCAAUGGGCUCGAACGCAUGUUCCUCACCUAAUACACAUUCGCCUUCGUCGUCGCUGACGGGUACACCGACAUUCGGCAGCGGAGAUUCCCCGCCUGCUAUAGAAGGAGUUCUUCCACUUCCUUCCUGUCCCUCGCUUGGACCUCUCGGUCCACCGCCACUUGGUCCCGUGGCGCAGAACGGAUCCGGAAAUGCUGGCGCUCAGCCGACAGUGAGCACCAAAUGUGGGCUCUGCCACGACACCUUUACCAUACCCAAGGUGCUAUCAUGCCUGCACACAUUUUGUCAGCCCUGCCUAGAAAAGGUGCAGGAGGGCCCCGAAAAAAUGAAAUGCCCACAGUGUGGCGUCGAGACAGCGCUGCCGGGUGCUGGCGUAGUAGGUCUUCUGAGCGACUACGCUAUUUCGAAUAUGCUCGAAAGUUCGGCGUUGGAUGGCGGAAGUCCAUCGUGCACGUCAUGCAAGAGCAAAGAAUCGGGGGCUAUCGCUCGCUGUUUCGACUGCGCCAACUUUCUAUGUCCCAACUGCGUCAUGGCUCAUCAGUUCAUGCACUGCUUCGAGGGUCACCGUGUGAUGACCCUAGGUGAACUGCAGAGCUCAAAGGAUGCGCAAACGGGAAAUGAUAGCGGGUGCAAGCCAGACAAACCAGUGUCAUGCCUUCGGCAUAAGAAUGAGCCACUCAAGUUCUUCUGCCAUACUUGCAACCUACCGAUAUGCAAAGAAUGUACACCGCUUGACCAUCCCAAAGGCUUGCACGACUACGACCUUUUAACGGACGUGGCGCCUAAACAUGUUGAGGGACUGGUCCAUCUGAUUGAGGAGGGUCGCUCGAAGAGCCAUGAGCUAAAGACACAGCUCAAGAACGCCGAGCAGGGACAACAGAGACUGCAAAUGGCCUACCAGAAGGCCCAAGGUGAAGUGAGCGACACGUUCCAGUUUUAUCGCUCUAUGAUCGAAGAACGUCGCCAAGAGACGCUCAAAGAGCUUGAGAACGUCUACAAUGCCAAAGUGCUGGCACUGGGCAUGCUGCAGAAAGGCGUUCAAGAGACUGUGGACAAAAUCGUCCGUGUGACCGAGUUCGUUGAACGACUCACCAAGUUUUCAUCUCAUACUGAAGUGAUGGUGUUCAAACAGCUGUUAGACAACAAGUUUCAAAGUAUUCUUUCGUACCAGCCCGACGUGAACAGCGCAAUGCAAAAUAUGGAUCUGGAAUUUGUUUCCAACUUUCAGGCUAUUCAGGUUGGAGUGAGAAACACUUUCGGCUAUAUCAAGCAGAGCCUGGAGACAACAACCCCGCCAACGUCAGGGGGGCCACUCUGUAACGGGAACGGAAACGGCCCGCCGGGGGUCACCGGACCCGUCAGCAGCAACAGUAUGUCUGGCGUUUCCUCCGCACCACUUCAACAAAAACCACUCGCACCAAUCGGGCGGCCAAUUGGUGGUGUAAUUGGAGCGGAACGAAUGCUCAACUCUCACGCAAUGACGCUUUCCUCAUCGCUCAUCUCGGCCGUAUCAUCUUCACCAUCGAUCUACUCCUCGGCCAUGAAUCACGGAAAUAAUCCAGCUAACAUGAACUCGAUGGGCUCAAUGACAUCGAUGGGCUCAAUGACAGGAUUGUCAGGUGGCUCGCAAACAUCGUCGAUGACCUCAUCAAGUCCAGGUAUUCCGAGUAUUCCGUCGAUAUUCGACUCAUCAACACUGACAAAGCGUCUUUCCUCGGCCAGCAGUCUAGGCCCAUUCUCAACAUCGCUUGAUAUAAACCCGUAUGAGAAAUGGUCAACCGGGGGAUGCGGCGACAUCUUCAGCGGAUCGUGCGCGCCUGGUGUCGUUUCGCCUGCCGACUUCUCGCUGACACCAGAUCCCCCGAUGGGGGUUGGAGUUGUUGGUGUUGGUGUAUCAGCUCCGAUGGGAGUUAGUGUACCGCCGCCAACAGCGCCUGCUAGUGUCGAUUUAAGCUCGAAGUUCGUGUCGCCCUCCAUCUACCCACUCAAGUCCCAACUCAAAAGGCAGAAAAUGAUCUAUCAUUGCAAGUUCGGUGAGUUCGGCGUCAUGGAAGGCCAGUUCACGGAGCCGUCAGGUGUAGCCGUGAACGCCCAAAACGAUAUAAUUGUUGCCGAUACAAACAACCAUCGCAUUCAGAUAUUCGACAAAGAAGGUCGAUUUAAGUUCCAGUUCGGGGAAUGCGGCAAACGUGAUGGCCAGUUGCUCUAUCCCAACCGCGUGUCCGUAGUCAAGACGUCAGGGGAUAUAAUAGUGACGGAGCGCAGCCCUACGCAUCAGAUUCAGGUGUACAACCAGUACGGACAGUUUGUGCGCAAGUUUGGUGCCAACAUUCUGCAGCACCCACGAGGUAUUACGGUGGACAACAAGGGCCGUAUUAUCGUGGUAGAGUGCAAGGUGAUGCGCGUUCUAAUCUUUGACCAAGUGGGCAACGUCCUGCAGAAGUUUGGUUGCUCCAAGCACCUAGAAUUCCCCAACGGCGUCGUAGUCAAUGACAAGCAGGAAAUCUUCAUCUCGGACAAUCGGGCCCACUGCGUCAAGGUAUUCAACUACGAAGGAGCAUUCCUCCGUCAAAUCGGAGGGGAGGGACUCACUAAUUAUCCUAUUGGUGUAUGCAUCAACCAACAGGGUGAGAUUUUGGUUGCGGACAAUCACAACAACUUCAACAUCACCAUCUUCACGCAGGAUGGCCAGCUCGUGAACGCGCUCGAGUCCAAGGUGAAGCACGCGCAAUGUUUCGAUGUCGCCCUCAUGGACGACGGUAGUGUCGUGCUCGCCUCCAAGGACUAUCGGCUGUACAUCUACCGCUAUAUACAGGUGCCCGCGCUAGCCCUCUAGGCAGCGGAAGAACAGAGUGUAGGGGGUGAAAGAACGGACCAGCAUCCGUCUCCUGUGAGGGUACGGUAGGCGACACGCGGGUCCUGCUAGCAACUUCAGCUGGCUUAUACCAAUAAACAUACUACUUCAGCUACUACUAGUAAGGCUAAUAAUAAUCAUCACAUGCGGGUCCGUCGUCAAGAACGACGGAUGGCGAGUGUUAACGUAAAUAAGAAAAAAGAUGCCCCAGUUGCUUCCAAGUCCUAAAUAACGAUGGUUAUACAGACAUAAAUCUAGAAAAAGCAAACACAUUCAUUGACGCAGCCACAUACCUACGUACACACGACGGAGCUGCUACCUACUCGGUCGUAAAGAGCUAAUUAUUAUUAAGUUAUUUAGGGGAGGCUCUUAAAUCGACGAAGGUAGAUUUUUUGACGCUCGCAUUGUAUCUAUCAUUUGCUAUUAUUGUAAGUCACUGAUAACUCGCGCGUUCAGUCAAAACGGCUCAGCCCACUCGCUACUCAAUUAUUAUUAUUAUCCGUUACGAUCACUACCGCUACUACAAUUUCGUUCGGGAUAAUUUUUGAAUCGUUGAAUAAUAUUAUUGAUUUAUCAUAACGACUCAACAAUCUCGUUCUAGACAAACAAACACACACAUAUACACACGAUGUAUUGCUGGUCCCUAGAUGAUAGAAAAACACAAAGUCUAUUGCGACUCGAAACUCGAGAAGAAGCAAGUUAUAAUAAUGGUAACAAGUAUACUACCACUACGACAACAGUACUAUUACUAGCCAUAUCCUCUCAAACUCACUCGUGAACUUGGCAUUCGUUCUGAGCAGGAGCGAUCAGGGCCGAACACACCCAAUACGAAAAUCCAGACAUUUAUUACUACCGGCUCGAGUCACUAAUCCAACUUACGAAUCGUGACUGAAGCCAACCGGUGAGGUGUCCACAGGGAUGUCCUUCAUAUAUUUUAAAUGGACACCUAGCGGGUGGGCGAAAAGAAUUAUUUCAAAAAAACAAACAAUACACAGAGCACUCGAAUACAGCUGAAGUGGAUAAAUAGUACUAAUACAUACAAAUACAGUAUGUAAUACAUAAAGCAGACAGAACUCGAUACACACAUUUAUGUAUACAUACAUCGAUUAGAUAUCAAUAAGACACCGAACUCCGUUGGCGUGAGAUACGCUUGCGCGGAGCGUGAUUGAUCGACGAUUUACCUAUUAUAGUAUAAUAUUGUUACUGUCGACUUAGGUGACAUCUUGUCUGUGCUCUAUUAUUACGAUUCGUAUAGAAAGUCAUUUGACUGACUAAAACUAGUAGAGGAGCUAAAGCGAAUGUACAGCUGAUUGAUCGAACGGGUGAAUGGGGUCAAGCUGGGUGAACAUUGUUGUAAUGGGAGCUCGACGUCCUGUUAGUCGACGUCUCGCACAUCUGUUCACUGUGUAGAAAGAACCUAAAUGAAAAAUAAGGCUUAGACGACGUUUUGGGGCCCGUGGUGGCCUGCUAGAAGCGUAAUCGUGAUUUGAAAUGGCACCGGAUAAAAUUAUAUAUGUAUAUGUGUGUCGCGAGUGAUUGUCCAUAAUGGUUGCUGAUUAACUGAUGCUCAGCAGCAGACUUCUGCAAAAAUUCAGCGACUCACUAUGACGUCGCUACAAGGUGAUUUAUUAACUGAUUUAUCCAAUCCAUCCGCGAUGAGCUCAAAGUCGUGAACUUCAUUGGAGUGAAGUACCCUUGAAGGUCUAGAUCAAGCUGUCGACCUCAGAUCGAGCGCGCAGAGCAAAGCGCAACACUUCCGUGAUGACACGACAUGCAUACCGACGAACGAUGGCAGUUAGCGUUCUAAUGGUAAUACUAAGGGGGAAGCACGGAUCAAUCCACACCAGCAAACUGUAAUUACGGAUUAAUAUAUUUAAGGGUAUAGAAGGUGUUAUGCUGACGAUGCAUUUUCGUCUUAUCUUUCCAACCCAUCUGCAGCCGAGCGACGAUACAUUCACGCUGGCGCGGAAUCAUUGUAAGGUUGCAAAUAACUGUCGGGCUACAUUUGCCGUCUUCCACGAAAGAACGAUACCGUGUAUGCGUGUGUGCCUGUGUGUGUGCGCGUGUGCGGGUGCGUGUGUGUGUGUGUGUGUGUGUGUGCGUGCGUGCGUGCGUGCAUGCGUGCGUGCGUGCGUGCGUGCGUGCAGGUGUGAAGUGCAACACCCCGAAUACCCGUGUAGUCCUGCCGAAGGAAGAAAAACAAAAAAAAAGAGCUCGUUGUGUUGGUAGCGGGCAACUGCUGCUCGUGCUUCAUUAAACGAAUGGGGCAAAAAAGAGGAGAAAAGGCAGCGAGUUAAAAAAAAGGAUCAUUAAAGGCGAUAGUGGGUAAGGGAACAAGGGUCGGUCCUAGUUGAUUGAUUGAUUGUCUCUUUAGUUGUGUUUCUUGGUGACGCUGUUAAACGUUUCGGCGAUCGCCUAUUCAAUGUUAUGGCCCUCCACCCGACCGCGUCGUUCUGUCGGGUUAUUUUGUGUAUACAGUAGAAUAUCGUGCACCAGGAUAUGGACAAUUGUGUCCAGUUGAAAAUUGUGCAAACGACGCAUGUAAGCCGGCCGUCGGGUUCACGAGGCGCUCAAGCACAUAUGAUCUCUUAGUUUUGGUUGGUUGGUUGGUUGGUUGAUUGAUUGCUUCUUUGAUUGAUCAUUCAUUGGUUGAUUGGUUGACGGAUGGUUCAUUGAUUUGUUGGUUAGUUGAUUGAUCGAUGAGGAAUAAUAAUAAUCAUACGACAAUAAUAAUGAUGA